AGUCUGCGCAUAAACGGAGGCGGGUAAGGAACGUGGAGAAAAGACAAGAUGGCGAUUUGCACCAUCCAAGUAACAAACAUAUGUCCCAAAGCAACCGUCAGGCAAAUGAAAGAGCUCUUCAGUUAUUUGGGAGACAUUGAUGAGCUUAGACUCUUUCCAGAAGAUGAGAAUAAGCCAGAGAUUCCUUCUAAAGUUUGUUUCGUGACAUAUAAAGAGAGAGAGAGUGUGGAGACAGCCCUUCAUCUCAGCAAUACUGUAUUCAUUGAUAGAGCACUGGUCGUAGCUCAAUCGAGAUUCGAAAUUAUUCCAGAAGAGCCGGUUGCUAUGUCGUUAGCAGCACCAGCUGUAGCAGUAGCUUUCAUUGAUAAGUCACUACUGAUAGGUAGUGGUGUUAAUUCUGGUCCUCUGUUACCCACUCCACAGACCAGUCUACUGGGAACACCACAAAUGGUAUUUAUUGAGUUCAUUAAUAGUGAUUUAUGAUUCUCCUUUGAUACGUAUACAUGUUUUUAUGUUGU